AUGGUGAUUAUCGAUCAUGCAGAUGCGCUCAUUAUGCAAAACUGGGACCAUGUCGAGUACAUUUUCUCCAAUCUCAAUCUUCAGCCAAAAGAAGCACAUGGCUGUGACUUUAGCAGAGUGAGACAAUGGUACCUGGAUGGACACGGCAAGUUCCUCCGCCAAACGCUGGUAUUCUCAGCUUUUAAUACCCCUGAGCUGAACGCACUCUACAAUACACAGAUGCAAAAUGUUUUUGGAAAGGCGAAAAUUAUGCAAAAGUAUGAGGGUGCCAUGUUGAAUCUUCGGCUCCCAAUAUCCGUCAAGCAGACCUUUUCCCGCUUUGAUUCUGCUUCACCGCUUAAGGACCCCGAAGCUCGGUUCCAGUACUUCACUCGAACUGUUCUUGCUAGCCUUGCCCGAGGCUCGACAGAAUCAAGAUCCCGAAAGAAGUCAGGGGGCACACUGAUCUUCAUUCCGUCCUAUCUUGAUUUCGUCCGCGUUCGGAACCACUUUGCUAAUUCCUCGCAAACGGAGAAUAUAUCCUUCGGCUUGAUAUCAGAGUAUACAUCUGUACGUGACUCUUCAAGGGCCAGAAGUCAUUUUAUGAAUGGUCGACAUUCAGUGCUUCUAUAUACGGAGCGAGCACAUCAUUUCCGCCGGUAUAACAUCCGAGGCGUCACGAACAUUGUGAUGUAUGGGCUACCUGAUAACCCAUUAUUCUGGGGAGAUCUGAUUGAGUAUUUGGGGUCUGCCGCUGGCGGUGCGACUACUCCAAGUGUCAGGGUGCUUUUCUCCAAGUGGGAUGCUCUGAAGCUAGAGAGGAUAGUUGGAACUGCUAGGGUUCGAAGUAUGCUGUUGGAAAAAGGGGGAGAUACCUUUACCUUUGUAUAA